AUGGCGGCAGCAGCAGCAACAACAGCUGCAGUAGAAGCUUCUUCAGGAUCUAGCGGUGGAGGAGGAUCCACAGAUUCCUACAUCGGCAACGUGAUUAGCUUGACAUCCAAAUGCGAAAUCAGAUACGAAGGCGUCCUCUACAACAUCAACACCGAUGAAUCCAGCAUCGAUUUGCGGAAUGUUCUAAUAACGUUCUUUGCUCAGAACCCUAUAAGGCCUUCGCCUCUUUCUGGCGAUUAUAGCCAGCAAACCUAUCGUCCACACAGACCACCUGGUCCACCUACUGAAGAGAUACCUUCAUAUGCCAAAUUCCUAAAAGACUUAUGCACGACCAAGCGAAGGAAAAUUAUUCAAAAGAAAAUCUUCUUGACUGAGAGAGUGAGUGCCAUCCUGAAGCAAGACGUGCCGCAGAAAUUCAAGGAUCCCGGUAGCCCAACCAUAUCAUGUGUAAUCGGGAACCAUCGAAUUGAUCACGCACUUCUUGACUUAGGAGCGAGCGUCAAUCUGAUUCCCUACUCGGUAUACAAACAGUUAGGUCUUGGUCGCCCAUUCCUUGCCACGUCAAAUGCAAUUAUCAAUUGCAGGAAUGGUAUCAUGACUAUGUCUUUUGGAAAUUUGACAUUGGAGUCAAAUAUUUUUUUCAAUAAUGGCAGCAACUCAGAGGAUGAUGACGAUUUCCACGAUAUUAACAUGAUUGACUCUUUCGUGGAAGAUACGACACCUCUGACCUUAUCCUCCGACCAUCUAGAGACGUGCCUGGCCCACUCCCAUGAUUUUGAUGAUGACAUGAUUAGGGAGACGUGCGCCUUGCUUGAUACUGCACCGGUACUUGAAGUUAACCGGUGGAGGCCACAAUUUGAAGAAUUACCACGAACCGAUGUAUUGCCUCUACCGUCUAACCUCAAGCCGCCGAAGCUUGACCUAAAACCUUUGCCCUCUGAUUUGAAAUAUGCCUAUUUAGGUCAAGAUGAGACAUACCCGGUGGUGAUCUCUGCCCACCUGGAGAAAGAACAGGAGAGUGGGUAUUCGAGCUACAACCAGAUAGAGAUAGCCCCUGAAGACCAGGAAAAGACCACAUUUACAUGUCCCUACGGCACCUUUGCCUAUCGAAGGAUGCCAUUCGGACUAUGUAAUGCCCCUGCCACCUUUCAGCGAUGUAUGCUUAGUAUCUUUUCUGAUAUGGUGGGGCAAUAUCUAGAGGUCUUCAUGGACGAUUUCUCUGUUUACGGUCCAUUUUUCAGCAAGUGCUUGGAAAGUCUUAAAUGUGUGCUGAAAAGAUAUCAUGCGGCACUGAAGUAUCUUCUCUCAAAGAAUGAUUCUAAGCCCCGCUUGAGCUGUGGUGGUCACUUUUCUGCUAAAAAGACCACGGCCAAGAUUCUGCAGUGUGGCUUUUACUGGCCCACUAUGUUUAGGGACACUCAUGAGUUUUGCAAAGCUUGUGAGCGUUGUCAGAAAUUGGGAGCAUUGUCCCGACGAAAUAUGAUGCCUUUGAAUCCCGUCCUUAUCAUUGAAGCAUUUGAUUGCUGGGGCAUCGAUUUCAUGGGACCAUUCCCCCAAUCGUUUGGAAAUCUGUACAUUUUGCUCGCCGUGGAUUAUGUCACUAAAUGGGUCGAAGCGAUUCCGUGUCGAAAGAAUGACCAUCGCACGGUCAUUAAAUUCCUAAAAGAAAACAUUCUUUCUCGAUUCGGAACACCUCGAGCCAUCAUUAGUGAUGGGGGCUCACACUUCUGUAAUAAACCAUUUGAGAGUUUAAUGAAGAAAUACGGUAUCUCUCAUAAGGUGAGCACCCCAUACCAUCCACAGACAAGUGGGCAAGCCGAGAUUUCUAAUAGGGAAAUUAAACACAUCUUGGAGAAGACGGUCAACCCUGAUCGUAAGGAUUGGUCAAUUCGAUUGACCGAUGAUAAGUGA